GCCGGCGCUGUGGUUCAGGUGUUUCCCUUGUGGCCUGGAGGCGACAGGAGAGGACCUACGUCGCCAGGACCAUGGAGAUCGUGUACGUGUACGUCAAGAAGCGAAGCGAGUUCGGGAAGCAAUGCAACUUCUCCGACCGCCAGGCCGAGCUGAACAUCGACAUCCCGCCCAACCCCGAGCUGGCCGAACAGUUUGUGGAGCGGAACCCGGUGGACGUGGGCGUCCAGUGCUCCACCAGCAUGUCAGAGCACGAGGCCAACACGGAGCGGUUUGAGAUGGAGACCCGGGGGAUUAACCACGUUGAGGGGGGCUGGCCCAAGGAUGUGAACCCCCUGGAGCUGGAGCAGACGAUCCGGUUCCGGAAGAAGGUGGAGAAGGAUGAGAACUACAUCAACGCCAUCAUGCAGCUGGGUUCGAUCAUGGAGCACUGCAUCAAGCAGAAUAAUGCCAUUGACAUCUACCAGGAGUAUUUUGAUGACGAGGACGAAGUGGAAGUGACAGAGGAGGCCCCUUCAGCUAAAACCAUCAAUGUUUUCAGGGACCCCCAAGAGAUCAAGCGGUCAGCCACACACCUCUCCUGGCACCCCGAUGGCAACAGGAAGUUGGCGGUGGCAUAUUCUUGCUUGAAUUUUCAGCGGGCACCUGAGGGCAUGAGCCACGAAUCAUACAUCUGGGACCUGGAAAACCCCAACAGGCCUGAAAUUGUCCUAAAGCCAUCUUCUCCUCUUGUCACCUUGGAGUACAACCCCAAAGAUUCCCACGUGCUUCUGGGAGGCUGCUACAAUGGGCAGCUCGCCUGUUGGGACACCCGUAAGGGGAGCUUGGUGGCGGAGCUGUCCACCAUUGAGUUCAGCCAUCGAGAUCCUGUGUAUGGCUCCAUCUGGCUGCAAUCAAAGACAGGAACUGAGUUCUUCUCGGCAUCCACAGAUGGGCAGGUUAUGUGGUGGGAUAUCCGAAAGAUGAGCGAACCCACAGAGGUGGUGAUCCUGGACAUUACCAGAAAGGAGCGGUUGGAGAACGCCUUGGGGGCCAUCUCCUUGGAGUUCGAGUCCACUUUGCCAACCAAGUUCAUGGUGGGCACCGAGCAGGGCAUUGUCAUCUCCUGCAACCGCAAGGCCAAGACGUCAGCCGAGAAGAUUGUGUGCACCUUCUCAGGCCACCACGGCCCCAUCUAUGCCCUCCAGAGAAAUCCAUUCUACCCAAAGAACUUCCUAACCGUCGGUGACUGGACCGCCCGCAUCUGGUCAGAGGACAGCCGGGAGUCAUCCAUCAUGUGGACCAAGUACCACAUGGCUUACCUCACCGACGGUGCCUGGAGCCCAGUGAGGCCGGCGGUCUUCUUCACCACCAAAAUGGAUGGGACCCUGGACAUCUGGGACUUUGUGUUCAAGCAUUGUGACCCUGCCCUCAGUCUGAAGGUGUGUGACGAGGCCCUAUUCUGCCUCCGGGUGCAGGACAACGGGUGCUUCAUUGCCUGCGGUUCUCAGCUAGGGACCACCACGCUGCUGGAGGUCUCCAGUGGGCUGUGCACACUGCAGAGGAACGAGAAGAACAUAGCUUCUUCCAUAUUUGAGCGGGAGACCCGGCGGGAGAAGAUUCUGGAAGCCAGGCACAGGGAGAUGCGGCUGAAGGAGAAGGGCAAGGCGGAGGGCAAGGACGAUGACCAGAGAGAGGAGGAGACCACCCUCAACCUGGAGGAACUGGUCACCAAGGCCGAGGAGGAGUUCUUCGACAUCAUCUUCACGGAGCUGAAGAAGAAGGAGGUGGAAGCCAUCAAGAAGAAGCCAAAGCCUACACAUCAGGGUCUGGAAGCAGAUGAGGAGAUGGAAGGAGAGGAUCAAGGGGAGGAAGAAGACAACCGUGCCGAGACUCCGGCCUAG